CUGGCAACGGUAACAACGGAUCUGGCAACGGUAACAACGGAUCUGGCAACGGUAACAACGGAUCUGGCAACGGUAACAACGGUUCUGGCAACGGUAACAACGGAUCUGGCCCUAAUGGCUCUGGCUCUGGCUCUAACGGCUCUGGCUCUGGCUCUGGCUCUAACGGCUCUGGCUCUGGCUCUGGCUCCGGCUCUGGCUCUAAUGGUUCCGGCUCUGGCUCUGGUUCUACUGGUUCCGGCUCUGGCUCUAAUGGUGCUGUAUCUGGCUCCAAUGGAUCUGGUUCUGGUUCCAAUGGAUCUGGCUCUGGCCCUAACGGCUCUGGCUCUGGUUCUGGUUCUGGCCCUAACGGCUCUGGCUCUGGUUCUAAUGGUUCCGGUUCGGGCUCCGGUUCUGGAUCUGCUGCCAAUGGUUCCGGUUCGGGCUCAGACUCUGCUAGCACCUCAGCUAGUGCACCAGCCGUCUCUGUUGUUACUUAUAAUGGUGCCCCACAAACUGAUGUUAUUGUUCUGAUCUUGGCUUUCAACUUCUAG